AUGAUAUGGUUGAAAAUACCAACGCUUGAUAGCUUUGAUUCCAUGCAAACGCUUUGCAAAAAUCAUUUUCUCCAGCAACUUUACCGGAAAAUUGACGGUGCUGUAUUAUGGAGCCAGAAUGAAAGAAAUCUGGAUUGCGUCAUCACAUUCCAGACACAUUCAAUUUUGCAGAGAUUUAUGCUCCGAUUUGAUGGAUUGCAACUGGACUGCAAUGACCAUCUGUUUAUUUAUGAUGGGGCGCAUGCUGUGGGAACUUAUAAGUUUGAUUUAUCCUGCAAAAACACGAAACAAAAUUUGGGAGCGAUGUUCACCCGUACCAACUAUGUUACCUUGAAAUACGUCACCGACAAUUGGGGAACAGAAAGCAAUGGAUUCAAACUUGUCAUAACUGCAGUGAAAGAUCCAAAACAUGCCUGUACAGAGUUUCGCUGUAACUUAAGAGAAUUCUGUAUAUCGACGGAUUUGGUUUGCGACAAGAUUAACCAUUGUGCUGACGGGUCAGAUGAAUCGUCCAAUAACUUAUGCCAAAACAACGAUAGUGGUACCAUCCUAGGCCUCGAAGUAACUUGGUUUGUGGUGGUCCUAAUUAGUUCCCUUCUAGUACUACUCGUGCUUAUCGUAGCUAUUUCGAUUUGUGUAUGUAGACGAGGAAGCUGGAACAACAGCCAUGGAAAUUCUGUACAGCAACAAAAUGCAUCUUAUUCUUUAGCGCACAUGUACGGGUCGAAUGGCCACAUGGCAAUAAAGCCAGGAGUCGGCAGCACCACAACGCUGACCGAUGGAGGCUUACUCCAUGCGACGCCGACUUCGGGAAACUCGCGCCGCCCUGCGGGCCCGCCCGGGUUCCGCAUGCCGCCGGCCCGGGGCCGCCCCUACUGCCCGGCAGGGUAACCGCGACGCCCGUGGUCGCCCCUCAGAAUGGUGGGAGCGACGCGCCGUCUGCGCAGCAGAAAGACGAGUGGUUCGUCUAGC